UUGUUUUUUUUAAUGAUGUUUUAUUUUGGUUGAAAUGAGAAAAAAAGUGUGUUAGAAACUUCUGUUUUGAACACGCUUUUUUAUAUUUUUUUAUAAUUUUUGAUCUAUUUUUAGUUAUGGUUACUUUAUUUUUUAUAUUUUUGGAAUUUGUGUGUGGUAAAGCAAAGCAAAUAUUACUUUGGUCAUUCCUUGCCCCAUUUUAUUUUGCUUUUAAUUAUAGGCCCAUUGUUUCAUUCUUUUGAGAUCGCUUUAGAUCUUGCUCUGAUCCCGAGUUUAUAUUCAAUUUUGCUUUCUAUCUUUCUCUUUUGCCCCAUUUUUAUUCUAUACCAUAGGACCAUUUUGUCUACACUUUUCAUUCUUUGCAUUUCAUUCUUAAUUACCAAGCAUGGACACCAAUACCAUGAUCUGACUCUGACACAACAAUACUGAAAAAACAUAAUCACAAGUGUCUGAUACGGAAACGGACACAGACAUUAGAGGUAUCAGAGGAAGCAGUGAUUAAGGAAAAAGAUGUUUACAUGCAUAGCUUGUACGAAACAAACAUCAGAUGAGAGGGAUGAAGAUGGUCGUGAGAGUGGCACGCCUAGUACUAAAGAAGCUGUCAAAAGCAUUACCACACAGAUAAAAGAUAUGGCCUUAAAGUUUUCGGGUGCUUACAAGCAAUGCAAACCAUGCACGGGAGGAUCGAGUAGCUACAACAAGAAAGGACAUAGACCAUAUCCCGACUUCGACACAAUCUCAGAAGGGGUUCCAUACCCUUAUAUUGGAGGUGCAAGCUCAAGUUCAACCCCUGCAUGGGAUUUCACUACUUCUAACUACCCUGGUGCAAGAUAUGCCGGAGACCGCACCCCUAGAGGACGCGACUCUGCGUCAGUCUGUGAUGUUGUGUUAGAGGAUGAGGAUGAACCGAAGGAAUGGAUGGCACAGGUUGAGCCAGGAGUUCAUAUUACCUUUGUUUCUCUUCCUAAUGGUGGAAAUGAUCUCAAGAGAAUUCGCUUCAGCCGAGAGAUGUUCAAUAAAUGGCAAGCUCAAAAAUGGUGGGGCGAGAAUUACGACAGAAUCAUGGAGCUUUACAAUGUCCAAAGAUUUAAUCGACAAGCUCUCAACACUCCUCCAAGAUCCGAAGCCGAUGAGCAACGCGAUUCUACUUACUCGAGAUUGACAUCAGCAAGAGAAAGUCCUAUGGCGUCGGUCAAGGAUUGGACGCCAAGGAGUCACUACAAACCCUCAGGAAUGUCGGAUCAAGGCGGAGGCCAUCUCUAUCAAGGAGGUUCAUCAAUGGAACCAUCAAGAGCAACUACUUCCUCUAGAGAUGAACCUUCUAUUAGCAAUGCAAGUGAAAUGGAGUCAGAAUGGGUAGAACAAGAUGAGCCUGGAGUUUACAUUACAAUCAGACAGUUAGCCGAUGGUACGAGGGAGCUUAGACGUGUCCGAUUCAGCCGAGAAAGAUUCGGCGAGGUAAAUGCAAAAACAUGGUGGGAAGAGAACAGAGAAAGAAUACAAGCUCAAUACCUUUGAAGUAUAUUCUCCUAACAAAAAGUGGAUGUCCUAAACAUGUGGAAUCCCCAAUUUUGUUUCCUUGAGACUUUUGGCAUGACUUUAGCUUGUGGAGCAAGUUUGGAUCCUUGGUUCGGUACCGAUAUUGUUUCUCCGGUAAAAUCUCAGUCGUUGGAUUAAUCUAACUUUAAGAUCAGAGUGGAGGUUUUCUACCAUUUGGUGUUAAAUUGACACUGUCACAUAUGCAACUGAGAGAUUUAUUUUGUGGUGACCCCAUUUUUGCCAGGGAUCAGUUUCCAUUGGAUUCAGAAAUCUAAUCUUUCUUACAUAUCCAAUAUUAUUGUUUUAUUCUGUUGAUGUUACAUUAAUUUAUUUACGAUUUGUUUAUUUUUUUCUCCUAAGUGGAACUGUGUUUUGGACUUA